AUGGCUCCACAUACGGGUUCGGCUACUACUGAACAAAUUGAUACACUCCUCAAUUUCCUGGACGAGCAUAGGGAUCUUGCUCGCGGGAGAUUGAGGAGUCUAGAAGGAAAAGUCCAGGCGAAGAGGCUGUGGGAUGAAUUGUGCAAUGCGCUCAAUUCCAUGGGCGGUUGCACAAAGACAGUUCAGCAGUGGCAAAAGGUAUGGUUUGAUAGAAAACAUCUAGCCAAAAAAGCCGCUGCUGAUUCCCGGAGGUGGGCUUCAAUGACUGGAGGUGGUCCAUCGGUGGCACCCCAACUCUCCCAUUCGGAAUUAAAAACGAAUGAAUCCAGACCAUCAACCUACAGUCAAGGAAGCCAACUGCAGCAGCAGAGCCUGGACUUGCAUGUAGAAGUUGAGGAGUACGCCGACCCAAGCAAAGAAAGCCAGCAGGUCUACUCUAAUUCAACGAAAAACGAAAUUUCGAUCGAAAUUGAUACACAAGCCUCACAAUCUGCACUUCCCAGAAGAAUACGAUCCGCUGCUGGCUCCGAUGUCAGAAGUAGAUUGUACCAGUAUGAAGAUGGACGUGCAGAGAGAGAGACAGUGAGGAACACCGAGCUCGCAGGCAUCAGUUGCGUGACAUAG